GUGACACACGUCACCACUCUAAAUACACCCCCAAAAUCGUUGAGCCGGCGAUUCGUUCGCUCUGUCGUGCUCUAGGGUUUUUGCACCUCUUUUCAAAGGUUAUAGUCCUGUUACUAAAUCAUGGGUGAGACUGGUAAGCGUUCCCGUCAAGAUAGGGAUAGGGACAGGGAUAGGGAGAGGAAUAGGAACAAUGAUAGGAAUAAUGAUGGAAAGAAUCAGAAGAGAAGGGCAACAAACAGGGAUAAUUCCAGUGGCGGUGAAUUGGUUCUUUAUCGCAUACUUUGCCCAAAUGAUAUUAUUGGAAGUGUUAUCGGCAAGAGUGGUAAUGUGAUUAAUGCCCUGAGACAAGAGACAAAUGCUAGAAUCAAGGUUGUUGAUCCUUUUCCUGGUGCAAACAAAAGGGUUAUAAACAUAUAUUGCUACGUCAAGGAUAAAGAUAUCAAUGAUGUCAAUGAGGAUGACACAGAACCUAUAUGUCCUGCCCAAGAUGCCUUGCUUAAGGUGCAUUCUACUAUUGUAAAUGCUCUAGCCAAUACCAAUGAUUCAAAUAAGGAAGAAGCGUAUCUUUUAGUGCCAGCUAGUCAGGCUGCGGCGGUAAUUGGUAAAUCUGGUACUACUAUCAAGAGACUUCGGUCCAAGACAGGUGCAAACAUCAAGGUUAAUCCGAAGGAUCCUGGGGACAUCACCCAUUCCUGUGCGAUGAAUUUUGACAAUUUCAUCCAGAUAUCUGGCGAUGCUGAGGAAGUCAACAGGGCGCUUUUUGCAGUCUCUGCUAUAAUGUACAAGUUCUCUCCAAGAGAAGAGGUUCCCCUUGACACUACUGUUCCUGAACUUCCACCCAUCAUAAUUCCAUCAGACCUCCCCAUAUAUCCUCCGGGUAGCUUCUUCCCCAGUACAGAUACUAUAAUUCCUCCUUCAAGAACUUUACCUGCAGGUUUAAGUGCGACACCUCAGCUUGCUGAUCUUCAUGGGUAUGCUGAAGUUGCUAGUGCGUGGCCAUCAGCACUUCCUAUUGCUCCUGCAUAUAGUGGUCAAUCAAGAUCAGAGGAGUUAAUUGUUCAGGUUUUGUGUCCAUCUGAUAAGAUAGGACGAGUCAUUGGUAAAAAUGGAAGUACCAUAAAAAAUAUAAGGCAGUCUAGUGGAGCGCAAAUUGAAGUUGAUGAUACAAAGCAUGAUACUGAAGAAUGUGUUAUCACCAUCACAUCUACGGAGUCCACUGAGGACUUCAAGUCUGCUGCUGCUGAAGCUGUUUUGCUCCUUCAAAGUAAGAUCAAUGAUGAAGAUGAUGACAAGGUUAACAUUCGCCUUCUUGUUCCCUCAAAGGUCAUCGGCUGUCUCAUUGGAAAGAAUGGUUCAAUUGUAAAUGAAAUGCGAAAGAAGACUUAUGCACAGAUUCGUAUCUCCAAAGGUGAAAAACCCAAGAGUGCUACCGUCAACGAUGAGCUUGUGGAGGUGUCUGGAGAGGUAGGUAACUUGCGAGAUGCUCUCCUUCAGAUAAUUCUAAGGCUUAGACAAGACGUGCUUAAAGAUGGUGAUGGUGGUCGGAGUAAUCCACCUCCGAGUGAUUCUAUUUAUUCAAGUAGUCUGCCUGUGCCUCCAGUGUUGCCUAGUGUUCCUUCACUUGCACCCUUAGGUUAUGAUCAGAGAGUCGAGGGUGAAAGAAGGGGACUGGCAUCAUUUACUGGAAGUAGUUUAUAUGGAUACAGCGCUUUGCAGGGUGGGGACAGUGGAUAUGGAUCUCUUUCUUCAUAUUCUUCGAAAGGUUAUGGAGGAUUGCCUAUGUAUAAUGAGGUGGUGAUUCCUGCCAAUGCCGUGUCUAAAGUUAUGGGUAAAGGCGGAGGGAACAUUGAUAACAUUAGAAAGAUAUCUGGAGCCAAUGUAGAGAUUGUAGACUCAAAAACAUCUCGCUCAGAACGGAUAGCCUUGAUUUCGGGCACUACCGAGCAGAAACGAGCAGCUGAGAACAUGAUUCAGUUGUUCAUCAUGUCAACCUAAGAAGAUUACUAUUUUCACCAAUACCAGAAGGUGAUCUGCUGUGCUUUGCUGCAGUGCUACUUCUUGUUAUCUCCUCCCCCUUGCUCUCCGUAGGUAUUUAACUCUGUGAACUGAGUGGGUCCUAGAGUUCCUUCUAUAGACUCUUGCUUGUUCCUCUGUCUUAUCAAAAUCGUAAAGAAUCUGCUAAUGGACUAUCUUUGCAUAGAGAUAUUCUCCUUAUGUCAACGGUCUGGUUUUUUUCUAGAAGUGGUAGGUUCACUCUGUUCCUACAUUUCAUGCCUCUCUAAUUAGCAUGGUCUUCAUAGUUCUUGAGGCUUGCUGGUCUCUGACUGAUUCAUAUCAUAUUUUCGUGCUACUCUUUUUCACCGUGGAUCGUGUUCAAAUGGGCUUAUUUGAAAACAUUUUCUGGCAUAAAUAUGUGAUUCUUAUGUAUCUUUUCAUGCUGCUCUUUUCCACCAUGGAUUGCCCUUCGGAUGACUCAUUUGCAAAGAUUUACUCGCAUAAGUAUGUACCAUUUGCACAAAAUAAUUGUGCUGGAAUGGAGAUUUCCAAUACUUUUGUAGCCGACAUUUCUGAAGCCGUAAUUUAGAAUAAUCAGAGCUAUACUGACA